AUGUCUCUGGAGAGAGAACCGUUGAAAGGAAAAGUAUUUGUGUUUACAGGGGACAUGAAGAUGAGCAGAGACGAUGCGAAGGCAAGAGUAAUGGUUCUCGGUGGGAGAUGCACAACAGCACCAUCGUCCAAGACGUCCUUUCUUGUUGUGGGAGACAAUCCUGGGCCGAUGAAGAUACAAAAAGCAAAUGAAUUGAAUAUAAAAAUCCUAAACGAAGAGGAAUUUGUUAAAUUGGUUGAGAGUAACAUAGAUGAUUUUAGCAGUACACCCGAGACAGAAAAACAUCUAAAAAUGGAUCCGGAAAAAGGGGGUGGGUCUGCUUUAAGUAGUGUAUGGAAUGAAAAGUACAGGCCCAAGAGAAAAGAUGAAAUUAUAGGAAAUCCAGGGAUUAUGAAGCAGUUGGAGGACUAUCUUCAGGGAUGUACAAAAUAUAAGGCAGCUUUGUUAAGUGGGCAUCCGGGAAUUGGAAAAACAACCAUGGCCCACAUUGUCUGUAGAUCUCUUGGAUUUGAUGUAGUCGAGUUCAAUGCCAGUGAUAUUAGAAACAAAUCGGAGAUAAGUAGCAAGGUAAGGAGUUUUACCAAUAGCCAAUCGAUUUGUUCCGGAACAUCAAAGAAGAAAGCUCUCAUAAUGGACGAAGUCGACGGGAUGUCAAGUGACAGAGGGGGAAUUCCCGAGCUUGUAAGUGUGAUUAAAAAGACAACAAUACCAAUUAUAUGCAUAUGCAACGAUCGCAAUAAUCUGAAAAUAAGAACAUUGUCCAACCAUUGCUUGGAUCUAAGAUUUAGAAAACCAGACUCUAGGCCAGUACUCUUAAGAAUAAAACAUAUACUGGAGAAGGAGGGAAAAAGAAUACCUGAUGGAGUUCUAAGUGAAAUAAUAGCAAAGAGCAACGGAGAUAUAAGAUACGCCAUCAGCAUGGUACAAGGAAUUUCACUCAGAAGAACUCUUAAUUCCAGUAUAUCUACAAACUUCGUCAAGAAGAGCGUAAUGAAGAGCCUGUUUGAUGUAGCAGGAGAAGUCUUUCAAAGAAAGUCGGUCUCGGAAAAAAUAGACCUUUAUUUUGAGGAUUACUCUUUGGUGCCACUUUUUGUGAGCGAAAACGUUCUAAAGACCUCUUUUAAAAGUCUAGGAGACCUUUCUGAGUGUUUUGACUCAAUUAGCUUAGGAGAUGUUGUUGAAAGACUCAUAAGAGGAGCAGGCCAGGAUUGGAGCCUAGCACCACUUCAUGCAGUAUAUAGCGUUGUAAUACCAACAAGAGGAAGGCCGUUAACAAAGAAGAUGAUGUUCCCAUCAUGGCUUGGGCAAAAUUCCAAGCAUUUGAAAGCAGAAAGAGCACUCCACACAGCUUCGGUGCAUUCAUCAUGCAGAAUCCGGGCAAAUGCCGAAGAGCUAAGAAAAUACGCUCUGGAAUUGAUACUAAGAAGAUAUUCAUGCCAUUUGAAAGCAUGUUCCAUUGAUAAAGCAAUAGACAACAUCAUUGAAUAUGAUAUGACCAAAGAGGACAUUGAUAGCCUGGGAAAUAUAGUGCUAGGAGGCGUAGAGAUGUUCGAAGGCAUAGAACGUAAAACAAAAAUUCAUCUGGACAAGGAAUAUAAGAAGCUAAAGAGGAAACUUCCAUAUCCAGAGGUAGAAAAGGAAGGACAUCAUACUGAAAGCCAGAGCUCGGAAGAAGAAAUAGCUUCUUAUCAGGAAUAUUAG